AUGGCGUCGAGCGCGGAGGGAAGGGCGGCCGGCGGCCAGGCCUCGGGCGCCGUCGAAGGCCCGCCCGGCAACUCCAGGGACCGCCGCCUGCUCUCUCUGAGCCCGGGAGGGGAGGCGGAGGAGGAAGCCGGGCCUCUGCCCGCCCAGUACCCGUCGCACCUGGGAGCCCUGAGCGGCAGGGAGACGGUGGAGCUGUACUGCGACGGCGUCCUGAAGGGCUGCAAGGCAGAAGAUUCCAACGAGGCUAUUAGUAAAUACCUUUUGGAGAAGCUGAAGAUGAAAGAGAAGUGGCUUGGAGUCUGGAAGACCAAUCCAGACCUUUUUUUUGUCCAUUCUGAAGAAAUUCCCAUACCAUAUGUUGGUGUACUUGUGGAGGUUAUUUGCAAACUGCCACAGAAUCCCUCUGCUAAUUUCAAAGUUUCUGUAUCUGUAGCUGAACCGUUUUCUUCUAAUAUUGCAAAUAUUCCAAGACAAUUAGUUGGUGAAGUACUAAAGGAAAUGGAUCAUUGUGUGCCUCUUCUGGAAGUCUAUCCUAUUGAAGGACAGGAUAAGGUUGUGUUUGAAAUAGCCAAGGCUUUGGAAACUGUGAGGUUUUUCUAUGACUUCCUUUGGAGAGACUGGGAUGAUGAUGAAAACAGUGAAACCUAUGCUGCACUGAUAGAAGAGAGAAUCAAAAUUUGGUGUGACAUUCAGAAUGGGAUUAUCCCUGCUCCAAUUGCACACCGUUUUAGGAGAAAUCUGGAGAAGUACAAGAGCAUGCAUUUGGAAUUGAUUCAUUACCAAAGUAAUAUUAAGGAAGAGCCCACAGCAGAAGAAGCUGUUGAAUGUUGGAAAAAAUACUAUGAACUAAUAAUGCUAUGUGGAUUGUUGAAAAUAUGGGAAGAUCUACGCCUGAGGGCUCAUGGACCUCUGACCCCAAGAAUAUUGAGACGUAGGAAAGGAAGCAGAGAUGAUGGGAAAACUGUAACUUACGUUGUUGCAAAAACUACAGCAGUGGAAAUGGUUAAAGAACUAUCCACUGACACACAUCAUGCUGUUGAAGAAAACUUAAACUUGGCUUUGGACAACUGUUACAGUGGAGAUAGUGUGCUUAUUUUCCCAGGAGAAUAUAAAGCAGGAAAUCUUUCAAUGUUAACUGAAGAUAUUGUCAUUAAAGGAGUUGGAAGACCAGAGGAAAUAAUGGUUGUUUCAAACCCUUCCCAUGAGAAUUUUGUAGUUUCCAGGGCUCAGAAUAUAAAAUUAAUGAACAUUACUUUGAUACAGCAAGGAACUGUUGAUGGUAUUAUAGUAGUUGAUUCUGGACACACAGUAUUGGAGAAUUGUAUACUGAAAUGUGAAGGAACCGGAGUCUGCGUACUUGCUGGGGCUUCUCUGACAGUUACAAACUGUGAGAUUACAGGCGCUCAGGGAGCUGGAGUUGAAUUGUAUCCAGGAAGCACGGCUACUUUGGAGGGUAACAAAAUUCACCACUGCAGUAACUUCAGAACCAGUGAUGGUUCACGUAGUAGCUUUGGUGGAAUAAACAUUAAGGUCCUUCCUGCUCCCAAACUAAGGAUGAAGAACAAUCAUAUUUACAGUAACAAUGGCCAUGUGGUGACCAUUGUUAAGCCUUCUGAACAGCUGUGUGCUAAAGUGGAAGGAAUAGUGGAGUGUGCUGCAGGAGGAGAUGGAGAAGAUUCUGUUUCCAAACUAAUGCAGGAAUUGAGCUUUGAGAUAAACAAAAAUGUGCUGGAAGAGACCACUAAAGACAUUGGUAUAGUUAACUGA